AUGGAGGUAAAGGUAGUCGAAGACCCACGCCACGUUGACGAGCUUCCACGAGUGCAAGGCAAGACGAAGAAGCUCCUGGCAGGUGCGCUCUCUGGUAUGAUCUCCGCGCUGGCUUUCCAGCCUCUGGAUGUUCUACGCACGCACCAACAAGGCGCGUUCACGGCCCCCGUCGAGCCUUUGGAAACGUCUAGAGCUUUGUAUCACGUGACACCGCCCCGUACGAGCAAGACCUCACAAACUUCCUCUGAUACGGUAACGAGAAUGCGCGCAAUGUGGCGUGGCACAUCCCCAACACUCGUGCGCGUAGCCGGCGGCGCGGGUCUCUACUUUGCCACUCUGGACUACUGUUUGAACGUGUUCCCGAGCUCUGCAGUCAAUACGUUUCUCGCUGGAGCUGCUGCUCGUACGUUUGCAGGAAGCGUCAUGUCACCCUUUACUAUUGUGAAGGCGCGGAUGGAGUUUUUGCCCUCGGGCGCCUUUCAUGGCAGCUGGCAGGUGGUGCGUCACGUGCUCCAUCAUGAAGGCGUACGUGGACUCUACCGUGGCAUGGUGCCAACACUCAUUCGAGAUGUACCGUUCUCUGGACUCUAUGUGCUGCUUUAUACGAGGCUGCGAGACUCGUGGACAGUCAAGUUUUCGCAGUUCCCAUUGUAUGCUGUGCACUUUAGUAGCGGUGUGGCCGCGGGCGUGCUGGCCACGUCGAUCGUCCAUCCGGCCGAUGUGGUAAAGACACGUAUGCAACUAGGCAUUACAGUGAUGGAUAGUGGAGGAGGCGUUGCCUCGCUGCCGAACUCGCUCACGUUGCGCCAAACAGUAGCCAAGAUGUACCACCACGAAGGCCUGCGUGGCUUUACGAAGGGCAUCGUUCCACGCGUAAUUAAGCGCACGCUUUCCACUGCAGUGACAUGGACGAUCUAUGAGCACUUAUCGUGA